AUGCUCAAGUGGACGGUAUCGAGAUCGUUGUCAGCGAACAGCUCGACUCCUCACGGCCCACCUAGCCUGAACAAGGCGCCCCGUAGGCCUUUUCGAGACCUGUCCAACACGCCUCCCGCUGCUGCUGGGACGAAAACUCGAAAUCUACCUGGUCAAACUGUCGAGAACGCGACGGCGAGAACGACGCCUGCUCGUCGAAGAAGAUGCAAGAGCCAUGCUAGCGAUUUGAGAACGUACUUUCAGGCUACCAAGCCGAAUUUGCGCGCGAACAAACGUCAGUCGAUGUCACAGGAGCCGGAGAAGUCAUCGGUCACGGAGAGCUUCUACCAAAGCACGCCAAGGGUCGACGCCGAUAUCGGCCCGUUAACGUUUUUCCCCGGAGGCAGCAAGUGCUCGACGGCUCUGACCCUGCCAACCGAUCCGGCGCUCUAUAUGAAAGCUAGAACAAAGAAUUUCCAGAGCGACAACGAGCUACCGCAAAACAUCGUAAACGAGGCCAGAGCCAACCUCCAGUCGCACGUAUCCGACUUUUUUCAACAGAUAUCCAUGGCCACGAGCCCCGAAGACGUGAUGGAGGUCGAGUCGGUGCCGCUCGCGAAAAACAAACUUUACUCGCAGAACGCCGAGACAAAGCCGAAAUUUGCCGACUCUAGUAAAAUGAUCACCUACCUGCCGAAGCUGGCGAAGAUCACAAAAAUCCACGCUCGUUGCAAACCACCGUACCACAAUAAGGCCACCUCGGCUACGAGCUCCUUUAAGAGCAAGAGUCACGGCCAGACGCCUUUGGCCGGAAAACUGUCCAAUUUGGCCAUCGACCAAGAUUUGCCUAAAUUCGAAAACAUGGACAACACCGUGACGGAAGUCCUCAACAGGGAGCAAGAGAUGAAUUUCAGCGGGAAAACGGUGGCGGAAAUUCUUCUAGGAGACGUCGAGGAGAGAAAGAAGGUCCUCGAAGGUAGCUACGACGACGAAACUCUGACGAAAACCGAUCACACGUACGAGACUAUCGCGGAGGGAGAGAGAGAGAGAGAGGGUCACAACGACAGCUCGGUUUCUUCGGCCAGUCAACUCUUGGAAGAUCCUUCGCCAAUGUCCUGGGCCUUUACCUCGCCUACGAACGAUCUCGACGGAGAAUUCACGCUCAAGAGGCAGCGAGGAAUUCGAAGGAAGAGGCAUCGAAAGGAUACGGGCAAGAGUUACGAGGGGAAACGAGCGAAGAGGCGAUCGUCCAGUCACAGUCCGUCCACCAACGGUAGUAUCAACCGAGAGAGGACUCGGGACACCUUGGUGGAGGCUGUGAAUCCAAACGUGAAGAAACUCGCCUUGGAGACCGAUCUGGACACCACUUUGGACGAAAAGUGCGCGUUCGAGGCGAAGCCGCUGUUCGGCGAGCUCGAGGAUCGCAAAGACGGAAGGAAAACUGGUACGUGGGACUUGGACAGUCCAAAGUCGACCGUCACCGACGAUUUUCACACCUCGAAAUCGUUUCUGAAUUCGAUGCCGAACACGCCGGAGACUCCUUUGGUCGCUACCGUGCGAAGAUGUCUCAAGUACAGUCCGGAAAGCGAGCCUUCCAAGUCCAAUUGCCACGGAUCGAUCGAGAUCGAGUAUUCCGUUGUCGGCGAUCAGAUACACGUUCGAGUGAUAAGGUGCAAGGACCUGAGGAGGGCAUACGAAGGUCCGAUUCACGCCUACGUCAAAGCGAGCUUGAAGAACACCAACGGCGAGGGGGUGGUCAAGAGAACAGCGGUGCACAGGGCCACGCCGAAUCCCCUUUUCCACGAGACCUUGGUACUGCCCUGCCCGGUCAACAACAAUCACUGCACCAGCAGCAAGCCCACGUCCCUGGACAUCGCGGUCUGGCACAGGGAUCGUCGUGCAAGACGUAGCGAGCUGUUGGGCUGCAUGACUCUGCCUCUGCCACUCUCUCAAGAUAAGGAAGCGACAUGGCAUCCGCUAGAAGCAGGAACCGGUCGGAACACCGUCAGCACUCCUUACGCAGGCUUGCCGCAAGACUGUGGUGUUUCGCCACCUCUGUCCAAGGACGGAGAACCAGAUAAUAAUAAUUCAGGAGCGGAGGACUUGACGUAUUUGAGGCAUCUCGAAUUAGAGCCUAUCGAUCCCUUGACCGGUUUGCCCCUGCAUCCUGGGUUCACAGCAAGGGGCGGUAGAACGCCGUGUACCAUCACGAGGAGACUGAUAAGGCAGACUGCGGCUAAUCAGAUUCCAUGGGGAUUCUCGCUAUCCUGGGGAAGACCACCCCGCGUGGAGCGCGUCGACCCUGGCAGCCCGGCGGAACGGUCCGGUUUGAGGCCAGGUGAUCACGUGGUAUUCGUCGAUAUGACCAACGUGGUGACACGGUCGCGGGAAGAGAUACUUGGACUGAUCCAGGCGGCCACCAAUCAGCUCAUCUUGGAGGUUUACCGCAAGGGGAACGUUCUACACUCGUCGAUACACCGGCCCACCUCGAUGAACGUCAAUCUGCAGCAAUCGAUCGCCGGUGGACAGCAUGCGGUCGCGUUUAACGCCGAGGUGUUUCCAAACCUCGCCCCGGAUGCGCCACCGGAAGAGGAAUUGUCCGUACGCGAGACGCGAUACUGGGGCAUCCUCAAGAGUGGUCACGCGCGUUUCAUGGCGCCUAUGGCCGAGAGACGCGACGUCCUCUCCGCCGCCGAUUACCUCAUACUCUUUCAAAACCUCGACGAGUUGCUGAAAAUCUCCGAGGAGAUACGAGACGAGGGAGGAGGAAUGGAGAGCUACUUGUGCAGGGUUCAAAGGAUCACCGCCGCUUACAGACGAUACCUGAGCGGUCUGCAACGUGCCUGUUGCCUCUUGGUCGCUCUCAGGCGAAACACCGCGUUCGCCAAGCUAGUUUGCGAACCUGCUGUCCUGCACAAGAGACGACCCGAUUUGACCGGUGUCUUACUCUUGCCUCUAGAACAUUACAGAGAGAUGACGAGACUGUUGAGUCUGGCGUCGCCGAGAAAUUGCCAGCCUGCCAGAGACUUGAUUCAGGGGUACAGGGAAGCGACGGCUAACGCAGGUGUGAUGGAGCCACCGCGUGAUGCCGGAAGGCCUCUGCUCAGUUUACAAGAGGUCGAAUCUCGACUUGUCUUCGCCAGGUGUAAACCGUUCACUCUGGCCAUGCCUGGUAGACAAUGGCUGUUCGGAGGUGCGCUCGCAAAAGUGGAAGGACGUGCACGGCUGCAGCCUUCGUGGGCUUUGCUUCUCACCGAUCUACUGGUGUUCGCUCGAGUCUCUAGAGACCGCGUGCUAUUCGUAACAGAGGAACCUCUGCGACUCUCUAACAUCGCCGAGGCUUGUUUCACCGUCCGCAAAAAGCCCACCGAGUUUCGGCUGCAAAUCGCCAUCAAUCCGUCUGGAAACGCGGAGAACGGUCACGUCGAGGUGAGCAACAGCAGCGGUUGCAGCCCUCACGGUCGUCCUCGAAGACGAGUUCUCGUAUUGCGUGCUCCAACUCCGGAGUUAAAAGCUGUCUGGCACAAUCUUCUCCAGCGACAGAUAAUCUAUGUGAAUACAGGCUAUGGGGGAACGCCGAGCCAAGACAGUCCAGAAGAGAGUCCGAUCACCGGUGGCAAUUACACCGGGACGGUUAGGGAACCCACGGAAAGCUCGCAAACUACCAGGGAAUCACAGAAACAGGAAGAAGAGAAAGAGUCCCGCUCGGCUGAGAGUAUCGACGCCAUCAUUAAGAGUUCCAGGGAGAACAACCACCUGGCGCAAUGGGUGCGCAAUUCCCAUCAGGUUCCUCCGCCUGAUCAGGAGGAGGCUCCCAUCGAGGAAUGGACGGCCGAAGAGCUGGCAGCACGAACACCCAGAGAGCACAACGAAUCGAGUCGAGAGAAAAAUCCGCCGGUCGAAGAUGUCGUCACGGAAGUGAUCAACUCCGACGUGGAACAGCAGAGUACCGCUUCCAGCGCCAGCUUAAGCACCGUCAAAUCCAACAGCGUAAACACCAAGAAGAACGGUAGCCUUGCUACGUCUUCCAAGGAAAAUUCCACCAGUUCCAUUAACAUUUGUAGAAGGUGCCACAGAUCAGGUUGUCCAACGCCGCCGUUAACGAGAGAUCCGUUUUCCCCGUUGCCUCCAAAGAUCUCCGUUGUACCGCCAACGCCUGAUUACUGCGCGAGGCAUAGAUUGCGAAACGGUUCGCACGAUAGUCCGGGUAGAAACAGUCCUGGCUACACUCCAGCAGAUGGUAACACGGAAGAUGGAAGCGAAGACGAUCUCGACUGCGAUGGCGAACCGCCGUACAGAGCUUUGAGAAGAUUCGGCACGAUGAGCAGCCUGGAUCAGGACGACGAAAUCGAGGAACAAGGAGACGACGACAAUCGAGAGUCCGAGUCUCCCCCUACGGGUUUAAGAGCCUGGACGGCCAGGGCAAGCAGUUACGUGGUCAGCAAGAUGGCUCUGCUCGAGCAACUCGGCGAAGGCGUAGGGGGAUACCUUCUUCAACCUCCAGUUCCUCCAGAAAGGACGGAAUUCUCUUUAGAUCCAAACGACGAGGAGGGUACGACAUCGGGAGCUACGUCUGGGGACGACAUCUGGGGAACUCCGACUUCUGGUGGCCCCGACGACGAAAGUUUCACCGCGAGUUCGCCGCCGCCAAACGGUGCAGGCAACGCAGUUGCACCCGGCGAAGACAACUACGGGCUGAACCUGUCGACGGAGGACGACGCCGACCAGGAAUCCGAGAACGAAGACUGCAAUCUGCCAGAGUUGAAUAUGGAGCAGUUGCUUGGCACCGGUAGUCUCAGCUCGUUGAGGUGUUUCCUGGGCAGAAGGAGGUUGGAGCCAUUGCCGGAGGAGGAGGACUCCUGUGGAAGCGGGAAGGAUCAAGUUGGAUGGUGGUGA